AUAGGAAAUAAUAGUUGAAUAUUCAAAAUUAACAGCAAGUAUAACAUUGAUUGGGAUCCUAUCACAAUGAUCGUGGCAUGAACCCUAAAUCCUCAACAUGUUUGAGUGCUGUUUUUUUUUUUUUGUCUGAUACACGCCCUUGGAUGAGUUCAGUGAAUGGCCAUUGGCCAGUCUCUUCUGAACCAACCAGAGUGUACUCUUACUCUUACCCAACACCCAACGAAGCACUUGCAGUUUCAGUUUCAGUGUUGAGGAAGAAGAAAAGAUGGAGUGGUGGAUGUCAAUGCCAAAGAGAACUCGCUAGAGCUUUGUGGGACAAGGGUCUAAUAGAUUUUUCCCAAGUGGAGCAUGUUAUCCUUAAAAAUGAUCACAUGACUGUUACAAGAAUUGUGAAUGAAGUUGUUGAAGAUUUCGCAUCAGAAAAGGUUGUCUAUCUCGAAUUGAGAACCACCCCAAAGAAAAACUAUUCCCAAGGAAUGAGCAAACGUUCUUAUGUUGAAGCUGUAUUGGAAGGGAUAAGAUCUGUCAGCUCGGUUGAUGUGGCUUUAAUUCCUUAUAUUGAGGAUCCUAGAAAUCUUUUAGAAUCUCUGCAUGCAGCUACAAAUGAUAAAUGUGAUGGAAAUAGUAGGAAGAAAAUCUUUGUUAGGCUUCUCUUGAGUGCUGAUCGUAGGGAGACAACAGAAGCAACUAUGGAAACUGUCAAACUGGCACUGGAAAUGAGGCAUUUGGGGGUGGUUGGAAUUGACCUAUCUGGGAAUCCAAAGGUUGGCGAAUGGUAUGUCAAUCUAUCAAGGACUCUAGCGUAGUAAUUCGUAAUGAUGCUUUAGAUCAAAGUCUCCCGUUAUCUUUUUUUGGAAAAGAUACUUGCCAGCAUUGAAAUUCGCCAGAGAACAAGGUCUUUUUGUAACCCUUCAUUGUGGAGAGGUUCCUAAUUCCAAGGAGAUACAAGAUAUGCUCGAUUUUGUUCCCCAUAAUCGGACAUGCUUGUUUCUUUGAGGAGGAACACUGGAGAAAGUUGAAGUCUACUAACAUUCCGGUUGAAAUUUAUUUGCUUGCUCACGUCCAUUGCUGCAACACAGGCAAGCAGCUUUGAAUAGCGUGAAAGGCUCACUUGGAGAUUAACUAGCAUUUAGAUCCGUCGUGAUUCCCCCUCCAUUCUAUGUAAUUUAAUGAAUUAAUAACAAAAGACUGAAAAUAUUGGCAAAACAUAGGCCAAAUAUCUAUCUAUCUAUUAAUAUGUAAUAAGAAUAUAGUUGUGGUAUUUGCUUGACAAGUGGAGUGUUCUGUGUUUGACACGUGGAGCUGUGUAUGAUUGACAAGUGACUUUCAAGAAGAGAAUAUGAGAGAGAGAGAGUUGCCAGUUCUGAUAGGGGGAGUAGUUGGCACCAGACUUCCUCUUUCAAUGUCGCAGAGAAGAAAAGAAGAAAAGGUCGGUGAAGAAAUAAAGCACGACGGAAGAAGUGGUGGGUGGCGAUGACAACGACGGUCACAGAGAAGGAUGCUAGAUCGACGGAGAAAAGAAGAGGAAUGAGGCGGCGACGGCGGUGAUGGAGGUUACCGUCGCUGUUGGAUCCAUAGAACUGCAUCUACCGCAGAACGCCGUCGCAGCCGUUCCUUUGCCAAUGGAUGCUGCGAAUGAAGGAUGAACAUCUGAGGUGGUGAUUGACCUGCAAUUGCAAGUAAAAUUUUUAGUCUCUAUAAUUCUUUGUUGUGGUCUCUGAUGGAGUCUUUGAUUAUGCCAACAAUGUCCUCCAAGAACAACUUCUCCGACAAAGCUCAAGGUGUGAAAUCUGCUGCAACGUGCUCCGGCUGAAGUUGCACCUGCCAAAGCGGUAUGAAUGAUUCAUCUGCCUUAAUCGCUAUUUUUUUACCCUUUUUUUGUUUAAAUUGGAUCUUUUUUUCUCUUCUUUAAUUUGUUCAGUUUAAUUCUUGGAUGACACUCUUUAAAAUUUAACUAAGUUUAUAUGUAUUUAAAUAAUUUUGAUCUUCCUUUUCCUUCCAUAACUAACUUCUGUAUAUUUGUUUCUGAGUUUUCUUUAAAAAUGAGUUUCAUACCAUAUAUAAAUAUUGAAAACUCAAGGGCACAUAGAUAAUGCAAACGGUUAAAGUCAUGUAUUACAUGCAGUAUUUUGUGAAUAUGCAGCAAUAAUACUAAUAAUAGUUGGUAAAUUAUCUGCUUUAA